CCCUAAUCCUCGCCACCCACUCUCUUUGUCUUUGCUUCGACCAUGGCUUUCACGAGCCUGUCCAAGGCCCUUGCCGCCGCUACACUCGCUUUUUCGUCAUUCAGUCUGGUCUCUGCGGGAAGCCAGUCCACACAUGUCCCCUUCGUCAUCGAAGCGACCUGGGGACCUACCGAUCCCACAAAGGCCAUCUCAAGAGAUGCCCUUCUCGUCAAUGGAUCUUUCCCCGGUCCACCCUUGAACCUCAAAGUCGGCGAGACGGUUGACUUCACAAUUAUUAAUAAUACUCCCGAUGUUACUGGAAUCCACUUUCACGGUAUUCGCCAGUUGGGAACCCCUGAAGCAGAUGGUGUUCCUGGAGUGAGCCAAACUGUCAUCAAAUCCGGAGAGACCUACACAUACACGUGGACCGCCGAAGACUCCGGUACCUAUUUCUAUCAUGCCCAUUACAAGGGACAAAUGAUGGAUGGCCUGUAUGGCGCCAUCAUCAUCGCGCCCGCGGACGACGCAGAGACUCCCUUCAGCCAGAUUGGAGAUGUCCCCACCCUCCAAAAGGCUGCCAGCCAAGUCGAGACAGUCUUCGCCUCGGACUGGAGCCGAUAUACCUUUGCUGAGUUUUUCGCCAUUGAACAGGCGGCAAACAAGGACACUGCCUGCACCGACUCCAUCAUCCUGAACGGCCAAGGCUCUGUCUACUGUCCAUCCAUCGAGUUCCUGACUGCCAAUGCUGCACCUCAGACUCCGGCUCUUUUGAACGGAACUUCGCUCACGGCAAAGGGCUGCAUUCCUGCCAAUAACCCGGUGCUCCAGGGCAGAUUUCCCCUCAACGCAGCUGCCCUGCCUCCUGAUGUCUACGAUGUUUGCACUCCAUAUGAAGGGACCAACUACACCUACACGGUUGAUGCCAACGAUGGGUACGCCGCCAUGUCUUUCGUCAACCCUGGUGGUUUUGCCAUUCUUCAAGUCGCCAUUGACAGCCACAAGCUGAUCGUGUAUGAAAUCAACGGAAACUACAUUGUGCCUCAGUGGGUUGACGAGAUCACCGUUGGCAACGGAGAUAGAAUCUCGUUCUUUGUCAAGUUGGACCAGGCACCCGCUGAUUACACGAUCCGUGUUGCCAAUGCCGGUGUCAACCAAGUUGUCUCAGGUUUCGGACUUCUGUCUUACAAAGGUUCAGCUGGUGUCGCCAACACCGCUGGCGUCAUCAACUAUGGCGGUCAAAACACUACCCUGAUCACCUCUCUCAACCGAGCCCUUGCAGCUCCCUAUCCUGCAGUCUCGGUCGCGGCCACAUCGGAUCUCACAUACGUUUUGGAUAUCUCGAAUGAUCCGUCGCAGCCUACCGACGCCUGGGCAUGGACCUUGUCCGGAAGCCAAGCGUAUAAUCAGAGCCGUGAUGAUGCUGCUCCACCGCUAUUGUUCCAAGACCCCGCGACCGUUCCUGAUAGCGACUUGAUCCUCAAGACCAAGUACGGACAGUGGGUCGACUUGAUCAUCAGAAUCCAAGGACCACUUGCCCAGCCACAUCCCAUUCAUAAGCAUGCCAACAAGUUCUUUGCCAUUGGUGGUGCACCAGGCGAUUUCAACUUCACCACUGUCGCAGAGGCACAAGCCGCUGGUCUUCCCUUCAACUUGGCCAAUCCUCCCUUUGUGGAUGGCUACACCAACCCCCCUGCUAUUGGUACUGGCGCAUGGAUGGUAUUCAGAUACCAAGUCGACACUCCCGGUGCAUGGCUCCUCCACUGCCACAUCCAAACUCACUUCUCUGGUGGAAUGGGUGUCGCCAUUCUGGAUGCUAUUGAUAAGUUCCCACAAUUUCCCUCGGGCGAUAAUGGCUCAGGAUCUGGCGGUGGUAAGGGCAACUCGGGGUCCGGCAACGGCAACUCCGGGUCAACAGGUGGAAGCUCAGGUAACCAAGGGUCCGGCGGCGACAGCAACCAAUAUCCACCUACGAGCUCUGGUAGCGGGUCCGUAAUGACCACAGUGUCUGGCCCCACCGCGGUCUGGUCUUCAUCUGUGGCACACUCUACUGGCUCACCCGCCAAAACAGGGCCACCUGUAGCAACUUUUACUGGAGCUGCAUCGGCAACCCAUGCAUUGGGAUAUGGCGCCGGUCUGAUUGCCAUGUUGGCAGCACUGGUGGUUUGAGGGGUUUCAUUUGUACAAAAUUUUGGAUGGUUUUAUGUCCGCACGCAGCAUAUUACAUAGUAGGUUACUAUUACUAGGGAUGGGAACUUUUAGAAGCCUCUGGGAUUGGAUAUUGGAGGUAUGAAAAUAUAAUGACGAAUUUCCUGCUUGA